AUACCCUACAUGAUUGAUAUACUCAAGGAGAUGUGGAAAGUCAAUUGUGAAAAGGAUUACAGUGACUGGAUGAUAUCGCUGCACCGGCAUAAUAAAUUGAACACCGCUUUAUCGGAAAUCAUCUUGCUCACUUGGAUGCAUGACAUCAAUGAAAGUAACGACUGGCAUACGACGGUUACGUGCAAUAUUUGCUUGGAUGUCGUACGUUUAGAGCACCCAGAAAGACGAGUGCGAGAGGACGAGGAAAGUUCUGAAAUUGGAUAUUUCGUACCAUCUUGCCCACACGCAUUUUGCUCUGCGUGUCUGGCACAAUACUUAGAAGUCAAGAUGAAAGAGCCGGUCAUGACGUUUCCUGUGAAAUGUCCUCAGUAUGACUGCAAUAAUGUUAUUCCCGACGACUUGGCUGAAAAGGUACUUGAUAUUGAGUCGAUGACAAUGUGGUGGGAUAAGCACACCGAAGCUGGUAUGAGCAACAAGAUAUACUGUCCACACCCAGACUGUGCCGUUCCUUUGGAAAACGAUAUGAUCGAAGUAGGCUGCAAUACUAUGGCAGAAUGUCCAGUGUGCAAUCGCGCCUUUUGCAGCCAUUGUAAGACCAUGUGGCACCCAGGUAUAGCUUGCAAAGAAAAUAUGGCAUGGACAGCCGAACAGAAGGACCUGUUUGCACUUCUGAACACAGCUGAUAAUCUGCUAUGGAGCUGCUGCCCAAAGUGUAAAAGUAUCAUCGAAAAAAAUGUUGCAAUCAUAUGACAUGCGUUUGUAGAGCAGAAUUCUGCUAUCGAUGUGGCAACCCCUGGACGCAUGAAAACUAUACUGGAUGCAUAGCAAAGUGUCAAUCUUGGUCAAACGCAAAACUCGCGGAGGAACGAAAGAAAAAUAUGCCAGCAUUACCAGACAAUCACUCGCGAGAUAGAGGCA